AUGGCGAACUACAAGAACGUUGCAGUUGCCGGUAAAGGGCUCUUGGGCUCAGCGGUUGUUCUUGCUCUCUCUAAUGCUGGCUUCAAUGUAACCGUUCUUGGGCGCUCCGAGAGCAGUGAAAGUCUUCCUGACGGCGUCAAACGUGUCGUGGUCGACUACAACUCUGCCGAUAGCCUUGAGGCCGCUUUCCGCGGUCAGGACGUUGUUGUAUCAACUGUCAGUGGAGCGGGAAUAUUUGUGCAGAAAUCUAUGAUCGAUGCUGCGAUCAAAGCCGGGGUCAAGCGUUUCAUCCCAGCUGAUUAUUCGUCCUCGUCGACGGAUCCGGCCGCUGAAACACUUCCCCAUUACGUACCAAUGGUUGACGUCCAAAACUACCUCAAAUCCAAGUCAGAAGCCGGCUUGAUCGAAUACACGGUGUUUGUCGUCGGUGCAUUCACCGAGUACCUCGUUCGAUUCGGGUUUGUCAUCGAUUGGGCAAAGAAAACUGCAGAGGCCUGGAAAGGAGGCGACGUCAUUCCUAUCAGCACUACCAGCGUGGCUGGAGUUGGAAAGGCCAUCAGUGGUGCACUGAAAAACGCGGACGCAACGAAGAAUCGGAACAUCUAUGUGCAUGAAUUCGUUGUCACUCAGAAGUACCUCUUUGGCCUUGCUGAGAAGCAUGGUGCCCCCAAAAGUCAGUGGACGUUGACAGAUAUCGACGACGUGGACACCGAAUUUGAGAGACGAAAAGCGUUGGCGACUGCUGCGCCCGAAUUUCCGAAUAUCAUAGCUCUUCUGAGAGCACAGAUGUUUGCUGGUAAGAUCAAAGUGCACUUCGAUCGUGUGGACAAUGAUCUGGUGGGUUUGAGGCAGCUCAGCGAGGCAGAGUUCGAUGCAAACAUUGCCAAAGAUUUUGCUUAG